AUGAGAAAAGAUUUUGAACGUAUAGGUGGACCAGCAGUAUAUGGACUUAGACGAUGGAAAAAGGAUUGGCUUCCAUUACUGUCGACGAUAGCAUCAGACCGCGCUGUUUGGAAGCGUCUCACCCUUGCAGGCGUACCUAGGACGGCAUAUUUUGGUGUCGUAACAUGUUUUAUCAACCAUGUUCGACUAUUUGUUGCACCCAAUCGAACAAUAUGGAAAGGAUAUGAUGUGUCGUGGGAGGCACCUGAGCCGGCAUUUGAUAUUUUGACAUUAUAA